UUUCUUUCGCGCGGCUAUUUAACGACUUCGCGACGUGACAGCCGCGCUCAUUGCGUCGCGCGCGCACGAAUCGAACGAGUCGUGACGAGUGACGAGUCGUCGUCUGUCCGCUGUCGCGUCGCCGUGGACCGUGGAUUGUCGUGGAAUCGCGUGUCGUGUCGCCACCGGUGAUCAGCGGAUAUCAAUCUGUGUACUGCUGUGUACUAAUCCACCACACUACGAUCGACAGCCCCGUUGACGCUGUGCACGGAUACUGCCGACGCAUGAUUCUCUUGGACGAGAAUAACAGUCGCGGCGCGGUGACACGCACGUCGAACGCGCGAAAAUGUCCCGAUAAAAUAGCCACGACGAUCCCAGGAUUCCCAGGGCACGCCGCGAUCCUUCCUCAGUCUGCAUCCUCGUGAUUCUCGAUCGGAUCAUCUGUUCGGCUUUGCGACAUGGCGUUUCUUUUUAUUUGCUUGACGACUCAUUAUUCUUGAUGUUAUCGAGAAAUCGCGCUACGAUGUCGAUGCGAUUUGUGAUUAGAAAAGUAAUCGUUACAAGGAUAGAUGCGAAUCGGUACAACCAUGUCCUUAAGAAACGUCAUCGAGUGGACAUCCUCCGACGUGAAAGCAUGGCUCAUAGAAAAUGGUCACGAGGAAUACGCGGAUUUAUUUUACUUUCAUGAAAUCGACGGGAAGGUACUUUUGACGCUGAAAGAGGAAGACUUGAAAUCUAGUAUUUUAAAUAUAAAGAAGAUUGGUGCUAUAAAAAAAUUGUAUCUAGCCAUAAAGCAACUGCAGAGGGACAAUGUCGCCGUUCUAUUCGAUCUGGGAUAUGUGGAUCUGUUUCCUUCGACAAAUUUUUAUACUCAUCAUCAGAAUAAGCACGAGAUGCCCAGUACUGGUACGAAUAACGAAACGUCUAUUGAGAAUGAAUUCUAUUCAGCCUCGGUAUCAGAGGAUGGACACGCUUCUCAUUUGCCGCCCGAAAUCUGGAAGACACUCAUCAGUUUGGGAUAUUUAUUUAUCGUCACAUGGAUUACUGCCUUUGUAAUGGUUAUCGUUCAUGACAGAGUGCCUGAUAUGAAGAAGUAUCCUCCAUUGCCAGACAUAUUUUUAGAUAAUGUACCUCAUAUUCCUUGGGCGUUUGAUAUGUGUGAAGUUACCGGUACUCUACUUUUCGCGAUAUGGCUUGUUGUGCUUAUAUUUCACAAGUAUAGAUUUAUUUUGUUACGGAGGUUUUUUGCACUGUCGGGUACAGUCUUCCUGCCGAGAGGCGCCACAAUGCCUAUUACUUCGGUGCCAGGAGCACAUCUACAAUGCCAACCACGGAAAGUCCCAGAUGAUGAUUGGUCGAAUUCCGCUUAUGUAGAACUGUACAAUAAAAUAGCAAUGGCUUAUGUUAUUUGGCGAGGUGCUGGCAUGUCCAUUCAAGGUGUCAGAACUUGCGGGGAUUACAUGUUUAGCGGACAUACAGUAGCGUUAACAAUGCUUAACUUUUUCAUUACAGAGUAUACUCCAAGACAUUUAUAUUUUCUGCAUACUUUUACAUGGAUGCUUAACAUGUUUGGUAUUUUUUUCAUCUUGGCGGCGCAUGAACAUUAUUCCAUCGACGUUUUCGUCGCAUUUUAUAUAACUUCGCGAUUAUUUCUUUACUAUCACACAUUAGCGAAUAAUCAAGCAUUGAUGCAGCGUGAUUCGAUCAGAACCAGAAUCUGGUUUCCGUUAUUUAGCUUUUUUGAGGCGUCUGUUGAUGGUAUUGUUCCUAAUGAGUAUGAAUCGCCGUCCUUGAUAGUUUGCAAUUUAGCAGGCACGGGAAAGAACAUCUGGCAUUGUGUACGAUCUCGGAUUUCUCUCCGAAAAAUGCAGCGCAGCAUAAACGGCAAUUUAAGUAGCACAAAAAAGGAAUACUAAUGUCAACUGGUAUAUAUUUUAAUUGUUAUAUUUGAUUGCUAUAAUUAAUAUGUUUAAGAUAAAUAUGCCACAUA